AUGCUGCUGCGACAAAAGAAGCUGCAACAGCAGCAGCAACAGCAGCCGCAGCAACAACAGCAGCAGGAACAGCAGCAGCAGCAGCAACAGGAACUGCAGCUGCAGCAGCAACGGAAUCCCGGCCGGCGUCGAGAGCAGCACCAGCAGCAGCAGCAGCCGCAGCAGCCGCAGCAGCAGCAGCAGCAGGGGCAGCAGCAGCAACAAGAGGAGAAACAAGCUCAAGACGAGCAGCAGCAGCAGCAGCAGCAGCAGCAGAAGUUGCUGCCGCAUCACGGUUUGUUGUGGUGUCAUCCUCUGAAGCGUUUGCUGCAUCUACGCGCAGCAUUUGAGCAGCAGCUGCUGCAGUACUUUGGGGCCCCGCUGCUGCUGCUGCAGCAGCUAGACGUUGACAACUGCUGCUGCUGCACCUCCUGCUGCUGCUGCGGACUGCACCAAGCACUGCAGAAGCAGCAGCAGCAGCAGGAGCAGCAGCAGCAAGACGACGCACAGCUUGGACAAACAGACGGCAGCAGCAGCAGCAGCAGCAGCUGCAGCCGCCGCCGCCGCAGCAGCAGCAGCAGCAGUAGUAGUAGCAGCAGCAGCAGCAGCAGCAGCAGCGGGGUUAUAUCUGUAACGGGCCCAUCAGCAAACGCCUCAGCAGAAGGGCAGGCAGAAGAAACCGAAGCAGCAGCAGCAGCAACAGCAGCAGCAGCAGCAGCAGCAGCAGCAACAAGUGAUGCUGGAGUACAACUAGAAAGACCUACGGACUCAGAAACACCUGCAGCAGCAGCAGCAGCAGCAGCAGCAGCAGCAGCAGGGGGAGCCCCGACGUCUGCUGCUGCUGCUGCUGUUGCUGCUGAAGCGGCAGAGCUCGAUGCGUUUGCUGCUGCAAGCAGCGCAGCCUGCAGCAGCAGCAGCAGCAGCAGCUGCGGCUGCAUAGCCGAAGCAACUGCAGCAGCAGAAGCCGCAGCAGUAGCAGCAGCAAGCACUGGUAAGAAUAAACGGCGGCGGCUGCUGCGGGGUGCAGCAGCAGCAGCAGCAGCAGCAGCUCUUGAGGGAUACAGGAGCAGCAGCAGCAGGACAGAGGUGCAGCAGUACGCGCAGCUGCUGCUGCUGCAGUCCUUCUUGCUGCUGCUGCCGACCCCGCAGCUGCAGCAAGGGGAUGUUGUUGUCUUUGCUUGCGACUGGUUGCUGCUGCUGCAGCGUCUGCUGCAGCAGCAGCAGCGCAAGGCUGCAGCAGAAACUGCAGCAGCAGCAGCAGCAGCAGCAAAAGGCAUGCAUAUCAAACCCCAUGUAGUUAAAGAAGCAACAAGAAGGUUGCUGCUGCUGCCUGCUGCUCUGCCGCUGCAGCUGCUGCAGAUAUUUCGUUCUGUUCUGCUGCUGCUGCAGCAGCAAGGUGUGCUGCAGCAGCAGCAGCUUCUUGCUGCCUUUCGGGGGUAUCUGCUGCAGUGGAGGCGGCGGCGAGCAGCAGCUGCUGCUGCUCUUUCAGAGGCAGCAGCAGCAGCAGCAGCAUCAGCAGGUGCUGCACGCAGCAGCAAGCAACGGCCAACAGCGGCUGCUGCUGCUGCUGCUGCUGCUGCUGCAGUGCAGCAGCAGCAGCUGAGGGAAGUGACAGCAGCAGCAAGACGUUUGCUCUCGCUUGGAGAGGAGCUUACUAUGCAGCGGUUCACGAAGCUGCAGCAGCAGCAACUGCAGCAGCAGCAGCAGCAACUGCAGCAGCAGCAGCAUGGUGACGCCACGCCGGCUCUGAAGCGCAGAGCUGCCCCGAAGGCCAGAAGCAGCAACAGCAGCAGCAGCAGCAGCAGCAACAGCAGCAGCAGCGAGUUGGCGCAGGAGCAUCGAAGAAGAGAGACGGAGUUACUGUGUGAGAUGCUUAGCAGCAGCAGCAGCAGCAGCAGCAGCAGCAGCAGCAGGAGUAUAUCUGCCUAUUGCUGCCCUAGGAGCCGAUGGCUGUUUGGGGGCCCCAUGGGGGCCCCCUGUCUGUUGUGUGUGCAGCAGCAGAAAGAAGAUGCUGCUGCUGCGUUGCUGCUGCUGCUGCUGGGUUUUGGUUUGCUGCGGCAUCCCCCUUUGAUCAGUCAGCUGCAGCAGCAGCAGCAGCAGCAACUGCUGCAGCAGCAGCAGCAGCAGCAGCAGCAGCAGGUGCUGCUGUCUGUGCCUGCAUUGGGUUCUCUUUGUCUCUGGCUGCUGCGGGGGGAGAAGGAGCUGCUGCAGCGGCUGCAGCGCAGCGCGUACAAGGAGUUGCUGCUGCAGCAGCUGCAGCAGCAGCUGCAGCAGCAACCCCUUCACUCCUGCGGCCUGGGCCUCCGCUUCCUGCUGCUCUUUCUUUUGGGGGUUAGGCGUCUUGCUGCUGUCGUCCUGCAACCCUCAAACCAAAUACUCAUACAGGCUAUCUAG